GCGAGCGGCUCUAGCGGGCUGCUGAUAACAACAUUGCCAGAUUAGCUGUAACUUCUUGCUCCCAGCCUAACCUUUUAUUGCUCUAAUACUACAUUCAAGUUUUCUUUUGCUCUAUUAUUUAGGAACGAUUUAGGAACGAUCAGCUCCGGGUGUUGUUGUUUUUUUUAAUGAAAGCUGGGGGGAAGGGUAGUUACGGCAGGUUGGAAUAUGCAAUAAUAGUCUCUUUCUUAGCGUGCAGAUCAGCCUCCUCCACCAAAAAAUAAAGUAGACUAUGGUCAGAGAUUUCCUCGUCUUCCCAAAAAGUAUGUUUUCCUUCCUGAGUGAAAGCAAUCUUUAGGUUCCGUGUUUAUCUCCACACACACGCUGUGUGAUUCUGCCUGUUUUGUUCUAAACUGCACAAAACAUCAGCGCACGGGUUUUUGUUCCUGCGACAGCAAGUUUUAAGCAAGCUGGGCUCAAAAGCGAACUUUAUCCGUGUUGUUUUUUUAACGUAGAGACAGGACGCAGAAGGUCCGCUGCAGGCGAAAUUUACUGCAGCAGCGGCUGCUGCUGAUCUAAUGUUUCCGAGUGGUGGAGGGGCUGGAAAGGGAGGACUUUGAGCCAGGCGGCAGCUCGCUACAUUAGACUUUAUUUACAUACACAAAUCGCAAUAUACCGAGCUUGCCCGUGCUCGAGGGCUGCACGCUUGCGAAAGACUCCUCCUAGGCUGGAGAGCCCAGGAGUGCCGCGAAAGCCGAGAAAGGUUGGUAGAUGAUUGUGCGCGGGCAGAGGAGCGUGUGGCUGAGGUCUUGGGGAGCCUGGCAACGUGGGCUGCGACAACAGCAGCAGCUGCAGCUGACUCCUCCGGGGAGUCUCGUCCGGGCUUGUUUGGGUGGUCCUCCGACCCGGCCCAUCGUGGACAUGUCCUACUCCCGCCACUUUCUGGAUUUCCAGGGCUCAUCCAUUCCCAUUUCCAUGAAGAAACUGGUAGUGACUAAGCUGAAUUCAAACUUCCGAGAAGCUGUUUCCCUUCGCCACGAUGCGCCCGUGCCGCUCCCCGGAGACGGCGAUCUGCUUGUUAGAAACAGAUUUGUUGGCAUUAAUGCAUCUGAUAUUAACUACUCAGCUGGCCGGUAUGAUGCUUUGGCUAAGCCUCCAUUUGACGUAGGUUUUGAAGGAAUUGGUGAAGUGGUGGCCUUGGGCUUAAGUGCAAGUGAAAAAUACGCUGUAGGCCAGUCUGUGGCCUACUUAAAAGCAGGAGCUUUUGCUGAAUAUACAGUUGUGCCUGCUAAAGAAGCUAUUCCACUACCUUCCAUGAAACCAGAGUUUCUGUCCCUUCUGAUAAGUGGAACUACAGCAUAUAUCAGUCUGAAGGAGCUUGGAGAAUUGUCUGAAGGAAAGACAAUUCUGGUGACAGCAGCAGCUGGAGGCACUGGCCAGUUUGCUGUGCAACUUUCAAAGAAGGCAAAAUGCCACGUAAUAGGAACUUGCUCCAGUGAUGAAAAAUGUAGCUUUCUGAAAUCUAUUGGCUGUGACCGACCUAUCAACUAUAAAACUGAAAAUGUUGCUGCUGUCCUCCAAAAAGAGUAUCCCAAAGGUGUGGAUGUUGUGUAUGAAUCGGUUGGUGGGGAGAUGUUUGACUUGGCUAUCAAGUCCUUGGCUAUCAGAGGCCGUCUGAUCAUUAUUGGGUUUAUUUCUGGCUACCAAACACGUAUUGGUCUUCCAGCAAGUCAUACAGAGAUGCUGCCAGCAAAGUUGCUAAAAAAAUCAGCCAGCAUCCGAGGUUUCUUCUUAAACCAUUACUAUUCUGAGUACCAAAUGGCUAUGAAACACUUGGUUGAAAUGUGUGAAAUGAGAGAAAUAGUUUGUGAGGUGGACUUUGGAGACCUGUCUCUAGAGAGCAAGUUCACUGGCUUAGAGUCAGUGUUCCGUGCUAUAGAUUAUAUGUACAUGGGAAAAAACAUUGGAAAAAUUGUAGUUGAAUUACCUCACUCUGUCAACAGUAAGCUGUAAAAACAGAACAAUGACAUAAAUCAAAACAGAGUAAAUGGGCAUUUUAUGCUUGGCGAUAAUGCUUUAAUUUCUUUAAGGCUGGCAAUGGGUAAUAUAUUAAAAUAGCAAAACAGUAUUUUGAUUUGUUGAAGAGGUUUUGUAUUGUUUAAAAACGCGGCUUGUAGCUAGCAUUAAAUUUACUUUUACCACAUUUUUGGUCUGGAAAUUUUCAAUUUCCAACUUGCAGUGGAUUUGAAUAUAAUUCUAGACAACCUCAAAACUAUGUCAAACUGAUCUCAUACCUUUCUUCCGGAACUCACUAUGUGAAGGCAAUAUACGGAGCUGCAAUCCUGUACGGUUUAGCUAAGAUGAAGCCCAUUGUUCUUGAAGUGGUUUAAUAGACAUGCAUAGGAUUACGCAGCAAUCCUAUAUGCACCUUAUACAGAAAUAUGCCCUCCUGAUACUCAGAUUGAUUAUUCCUAUAUACAUGUGUAUGAGACUGUACUGUUAAAACAUCCAUUGUACUUUAAAUUUGUUAUAUGAACUGGGAUGGAUACAAUCUGCAGAGACAUUCUGUUCACAAUAGAACUACGUAGAAAAGUUUUUUCUACAAAGCUUAUUCUACACAAUGUUCACAUUUUUAUUCUAGUAUGAACAUGUAUGACUUUUUUAUGUGUGCCGUUGGUUAAAAAUGAACAUUUUUAUUUUUGACUCAACCUUGCCAGCUUAUUUCAAGUGUGUAUAUGUUGGGAUAUUUAGUUAUCUUAUAAAAUGACCUUUGAGGUAUUAUUUUGCCCUUAUGUACUUAUUUAUUAGAGUUUUUCUUCUGCAAUCUAACUUCUUUACAUUAUGUUGAAAAUAUAAUAAUCCAGGAAUUUUCACAUUAAUGAAACGCACCAGAAGAUAUAUGCUGUAUCACUGAAAAUGGAAAUGGUACAGAUUAAAAUGUUGGAUUAGAAUGGCACCAGUAUAGAAUGUGUUUGGCUAUGUAAUAAAAUAUGAUCCCUGUAAGAUAUUUUAUUAUACAAUUCUAAGUAUAAAGCAUUAAAAGUCAUUUUAGUUAACUUUUUUACAGUGUGGUUCAGUUAUCAGUUAUCUAUUCAGAUAGAAAUUCCAUUUGGGACAUAAACUUCUUUGAACUUCACAAAACUUGUAUCUAAGUAGAUAUAACUACAACUGAGCUCUCAGUAAUUGCCCUUGAAAUGCAGUUUUAAAAAAAAUCCUUUUACAAAUAGAGCUUUUUAUAGUCACCUUAUUUCUGUUCACUUUAUAGUACCUAUUUGGGAUUUGGGGAAAUGAUGAAGUGCAUCAAUACAUGUACUGAUUCAAAACAAAGUUUUUUUCAGAAAUUUCAAAGAUGACAAAAAUUGUGAUAUAUUUUAAAUAUUCUUUAUUAGUUUCCAGUUCUCGGCUCUUUGCUUUUUCAAGAAUUUGGACAAUUGGAAACAAGUUUAAAGAAAUGUAAAGUGUUCUUUGGUUAGGGGCUGGGUUUAAAUUCACAGACAUGACCCUUAAGCCAGCUAAGCACCACUGAGGUCAAUGGGACUUAAAUGGUUUGUAUCUAAAUAGUUGAGUUUCAUUUGAUUUGGGAUUGAUCUGGUAAACUUUUUUGUUGAUAGGUGUAACUGAAGUACAUUUUGGAUGUUGCUAGCAGUUGAAACACUUAUAGAAACACUGUCAUUAUGAUUGAUUGAUUUGAUUUGAUUGAUUAAAAGAAUUGAAACACAAGUAUUCAUAAUAACUUUCAGCUUUAGACAUAGGAAACCCUCAAACUAAGUAUUUGUAAUCCAGGUCUGUUAUUAGUCAACAUUAUGUACUGCUGUUAUAUGUCUAAAAAUCAUCUUUUUCAAAUUGCCUACCUGCACAGUUUUUAAUAUUUGAAUCUUACAGUUAAUUUUGAGGGACUAUUUCUAAACAAUAUUUACAGCCAAAUCAUAAAUCCUAAUUUCACAAAUAAGAUCCACUGAUUUCAGGGAAAUUACUUCAGUAUAAAUAUGUUUGGUAUACUACUAUGUGAUUAAAUUCUUUCAAUUUCAAUUGGGCAGCCAAUAUAUGCCUAAAUAAAUCAUUAUAUCUUA